CCGAGAUAUCCGAAUGCUCCCCCUCGGUGGAACUCUCCGAGACCAUACAUCCAAAAUACACUCACUCUUCUUAACCGCACUCUUAUCCCCUCUUCCUCACCCUCCACCCCUGACUCCAUGGCGUACUCUUCCUCCAUUAUCGGAGUUUCCUCCAUAUACCAACCCAACCCAUCACUAGAAACGCCCAAGAGGCCCGCUUCCACUCCACCUCUUUCUUUUCCUUUCUCCGCCGACAAGCUUCAUUUCAAUCCGCUAAAAGCUUCUUUCUCUUCUCUUGUUCGCUUAAAGCAGUGCUCGAGCUCGAAUGCGCUCGUCUCUUCGGCCAUAGCCACGCCCAACUCGUCUCUGCUCAGUGAGGAGGCCUUCAAGGGCUUUGGGGACUUCACUAAGGACUCCUUGAGUCUCAGCGAGAGUGAGUAUGACUCGGAGCUUGAAGAGGGUGGGAGCGGACUCAGCGAGGAUGAAAAUAACGAUGAACUCGCAAUAUCGAGUCUGGGUUUGCCUCAACGGCUGGUUGACACGCUCGAGAAGCGAGGAAUUACCAGUCUUUUCCCCAUUCAGAGAGCUGUAUUGGUGCCUGCACUGGAAGGUCGGGAUAUAAUCGCUAGAGCAAAAACAGGGACGGGGAAGACUCUUGCCUUUGGCAUCCCGAUAAUCAAAAGGAUUACAGAAGAUGAUCAGUCGGCAUUUUCUCAAAGGAGAGGAAGACUGCCUAGAGUUUUGGUCCUUGCACCCACGAGAGAGUUGGCUAAGCAAGUGGAGACAGAGAUCAAAGAAUCUGCUCCAUAUUUGAACACAGUCUGUAUAUACGGAGGAGUUUCAUACGUUGCUCAAGAAAGUGCACUUUCCCGUGGGGUUGAUGUUGUUGUUGGAACACCCGGCAGACUUAUUGACUUGAUCAACAAUAAUAGCUUGAAGCUUGGGGAAGUUCAAUAUCUGGUGCUUGAUGAAGCUGAUCAGAUGCUUGCAGUUGGGUUUGAGGAGGAUGUUGAAAGAAUAUUGGAAAAGCUUCCUUCACAGCGGCAGAGCAUGCUGUUUUCUGCAACAAUGCCUGCGUGGGUAAAGAAACUCUCCCGUAAACAUUUGAACAAUCCACUUACUAUUGACCUGGUCGGUGAUCAAGAGGAAAAACUAGCAGAGGGGAUCAAACUUUAUGCAAUACCAACCACAGCAAUCUCAAAACGGACGAUCCUCAGUGAUCUUGUGACGGUGUAUGCUAAAGGCGGGAAGACAAUUGUAUUUACACAAACAAAAAAAGAUGCCGAUGAGGUUUCCAUGACAUUGACAAACAUAAUUCCUUCAGAAGCAUUGCAUGGUGACAUUUCUCAGCACCAAAGAGAAAGAACUUUAAAUGGAUUUAGACAAGGAAAAUUCACAGUCCUUGUUGCAACUGAUGUCGCAUCUCGUGGGCUUGAUAUCCCUAAUGUUGAUUUGGUAAUCCAUUAUGAACUACCCAAUGACCCGGAGACGUUUGUGCACCGCUCUGGUCGAACAGGUCGAGCAGGAAAGGUUGGAAAUGCCAUUCUAAUGUUUACUAGUAAUCAAAGACGGACUGUCAAAUCUCUCGAGCAUGAUGUGGGGUGCACAUUUGAGUUCAUUAGCCCUCCAUCUGUUAACGAGGUUUUGGGUUCAUCGGCUGAGCAAGUGGUUGCUAGCCUUGGAGGAGUCCAUUCCGAGUCUAUUGAACACUUCAUCCCAACAGCUAACAAGCUGAUGAAGGAAAAAGGUGUCACUGCUCUAGCUGCUGCACUUGCUUUGUUGGGUGGUUUUGCUAAACCACCUUCUUCUCGUUCUCUAAUCACCCACGAACAGGGAUGGGUUACAUUGCAGCUUACACGCGAGUCACCUGACACUGGUUUCUUGCGAGGAUCCAUGUCUGCUAGAUCUGUAACUGGGUUUCUGUCUGAUGUUUUUUCAAAAGCUGCAGAUGAAGUUGGGAAAAUACAAAUUAUUGCAGAUGAUCAGGUUAAUGGUGCAGUAUUUGAUCUCCCAGAGGAAGUUGCAACAGAUCUUCUAAAUCAGCAGUUGCCUCCUGGAAACACUAUAUCCAGGAUUACAAAGCUGCCCACCUUGCAAGAUGAUGGCCCCCCAAGCGAUUUUUACGGAAGGUUUUCAAACAGCAGGGGAAGGAGCUCACGAGGAGGGUUUAGGGACCGUCGAGGUGGUAGGCCUUCCCAAGGGGGCUGGUCCAGUGGCCGAUUCUCAGAUGAUGUUAGUAAUAAUGAUUGGGAGGAUGACACAUUUAGGCGGGGCCAGGGUGGACGAACAAGAAGGGGGGGAAGCAGUGAUUGGCUUGUCAGUGGUGAGGCACGAUUUAACCGGUCAUCAUCUUUAGGAGGAAGCAGGGAUAGGAACUUUGGAGGCGCAUGUUUCAACUGUGGUGAAGCCGGUCAUAGAGCAUCAGAAUGCCCUAAGAAGCGCAACUAUUAGAAUUCAGAAGUAACCGAUUGAUUAACUGGUUGUUGCAGUGGUUGAAUUUUCUCGCGCCUCAUUCUUUCAGCAGUAGCUGGAGAUGGUUUCUUUAAAGCGUCCACCAGUCACUCGGCAUUUGUCCACACCCCAGUUAAUUUUCCUCCUAACAGCAGCCUCUUAUCCUUGCUGUUUAGCAUAAUGUAUUAGAUGUAAUUUUUACUUCCUUUUAUGCAGACACAUAUUUCCAGUUUUUCUUAUCUAACCCCCAAAUCCCAAAAGGCAAAACCUGUUGACAUUUUAUCGUCAGCGCCCAACACUUAAAUCAGUGAAAUAGCAAAGGAGGAUUUUAUGGGUAAUGAACCAAAGGGGCGUACAGCGUACUUGGUUAAUGCCUUUGAUUGGACCAUAUGGAAAUCAAUUACAAAAUUACUGGACUUCUUA